AUGUCACGUGCUCAGUUUUCGGCAUCCCCAAACUUUUCGUGUUGGAAGAUCCAAGACAAGGUGUGUAACGGCCCAACCAUGCGUUCCUCACUGCGAUUGUUGAACCUGGAGGUUCCUGCCUCUCAGUGGUCAAGAACUCUCUAUGUAUGUUCAGUUUGCAGACACGAAGCGCGCCCACGCCCGUUCGUUGCCCGUCAAUUUUUGCGCCAUGCCUCCGACUCGACCCCGAUCACAGAACGUGUGCGCCGAAAGCUCUGGGGUACCGACAAUCCGCCAGGCUUGAAGGAUCCAUAUGGAGGGGAGGGUGUCUUUGAGAGGAAGUUCAAGAGAGGCCAAUCCGCGCCACAGGAGAAUGAACCAGAAUCUGCGACAGAGGUUGCGGAGGAUGCUGUAUCUGAGGAUUCCUCUUAUGAACCCGCGACAACAUGGGAGGGUCUUCAGCGUGUUGGACAUUUGGGGACAUGGAGUGACUUGCCUCCCACGAAGGCUGAUGCAUACACUUCCUUCUCUCUCAACCGUCGACUCACAAAACCGGUUCACUUCUCCCUAGCUGCCCACCAAACCGCAGUUGAACUCUCCUUGCUGCAUACGCUGAAGAAGCCACUCACGAACAUCUGCGACGUGAUUGAACACGAACAGCCUGUCUUCAAAUUGAUCAGGAACUGCAAGAUCCAGCCAAGGUCCAGCGACCAGUGGGACUCCGCUGUUGUAUACCCGGACAAGGAAACCGAGGAGGCCCUUGUCUAUAUCUUCGAGCAGAUUGGCGGAGCUCAGGAAGCUGCUGCGGAAGUCGCUACGGAAGUCGCCCCUGAAACGGCAGAGGAUGCUGAAUUAGCCGAAAUCGAGGCCGCCGAAGCCGAGGACGCCGAGUACGAGGAAGAAGUCCCCUCGACUCCGUCGCCGCCUUUCUUUGGAUAUCGAGAUGUCAAGGAUAAGGGCUAUCUGGAUCUGUCUCUGAAUGACCCAAUCACGAAGUUUGCUUUCCUGAAAAGAUUCUCGCAACUGACUGGUCACUUUUUCCCCGAUCCGGUCAUCCAUCAAAUCUCCUCAGUUCAGCACGUCAUGAAGCAUGUACUCGCUGAACAGAACCCCAAACCCAAGAAACUGGCAGACUUCCUCGUAGCCGACGCGAGUCUCCAGAGUUUACCGAACGUCAAGAUCUUCCCGAAGAAACAGAAGCCUUCGCACAAGGACGAAGAACUUGGUCGGAAAAAGCUUAUCGACGCUGAGCUCCGUGAGAGGGGCCUUAUUUGA